GCCCCGCGGGAGGCGGCGCUGCCGGCUGCCGCCGAGCGCGGGGCGCGUCGCCCCCUGCCCCGCCUCUCCCCCGCCAAUCCGGCUGGAUCCUGUUGCGGCGCCGCUGGCGCUGCUGGGAUGGGGGGGGGCGGUUUCCCUGCGCAGCGCGGCGGGCGGGAGGGCGGCCGCAGCGCCUGGCGGUGAGGCACUCAGCGCGCAGCAGAAGCCGGGCGGGAGCCGCCGCGCCCUUCGCCAUGCCGAAGAGAAAGGUGGCCGCCGGUGGCGCGGAGGCUGCUGAGGAGGUACCGAAGAGGAGAUCGGCGCGGCUGUCCGCCAAGCCUGCGCCUGACAAAGCGGAGCCCAAAGCUAAGGCGUUGGCGGCGAAGGAUAAAUCUGAGAACAAGAAAGCUCAAUCAAAGGGGAAAAAGGGGCCUAAAGGAAAACAGACUGAAGAGACAAACCAAGAGCAGAUAAAGGACAACUUGCCUGCAGAAAAUGGAGAAACUAAAAGUGAGGAGACCCCAACGUCUGAUGCAGCAGUAGAGAAAGAAGAAGUGAAGUCUGAAUAACAUCUGGUACCAAGUCUUUAAUUGGUGAUCCUUAUACUUUUCUUCUUGUACAAUUCAGAGGAAUAUUUUUAUCAACUAUUUUGUAAAUGCAAGUUUUUUGGUAGUUCUAAAAAACACGUUUUUAAAAGGAGAGAAUCCCAACUCAAUCCAUUUUUUUACAUAUUUAGAUACGUGUAAAUGAUUUUUUAAGUGGUAAAAUCCUGUACUGGUUGUCUGUUUUCUAUGAAACCAGAAAUUAACGGGAUGUUACAAAAUGGAGAGGUUUUUGAAGUCUUAAUGCGGCUUCUCGUUCCAUAGACUGGGAGGAAGAGUUUUUCUGUCCCUACUAAAUGAAGCGCACACACAGACAUCGGAACUUGUAAUAUGUUGAGAACGUCUGAACGUUUCAGUUAUUUAUCUAUGGUUGUACCAUCAGUAGAGUUGCUUAUCUCAUGAACUGCUCCCUAGUGUUGGAUUUCUUGACCAGUAAUGUAUAUCUGUGACAAAGUUAUUUUUGGUAGGUGUAGGUUUAUUUUUUCCAACAACUUUGUAGCUGCUACGUGAAAGACUGGAAACUUUUAUCUUUAAAUACUGAAUAGGUAAUAGUUUCUCAUUGAUAGACUGAAUGUCAGCUGGUACUUUGCAUCUAGUUUUAAAGGAGAGCUUGUCUACAAAGUCCAAAUGAAAAAUAUUUGAAAUAGGCUUAGAAAAAAAUAAAAUUAUAGUUUUUAUAUUAAAAAGAAACUAUGUGAAUAAGAACAAUUGUAAAAUUGUAGUGUCUGUGAUCACCAAACAAAAGCCAAAUAAAUCUUGAUUAAGAAAGAAUGUUUCUAGAGCUCUUGCAUUGACUACAACAACUCAGAGUAUAAGGGGGUGCAGUCAUUGAACUUGUGCUUCUGUUGGAAAGCAAUGAAUAAAUACCCUAGUGGCUUUGA